AAACAACGAAAUAUGUCGUCACGACAUAAUGAACCCAGUUACGUUAUUCGCACGCAAGGGAAGUAGAGCUCGGAAAAGAACAUUAUUUUAGACAGUUUUACCCAAAUCUGUUGAUACGAAAAUUACAUACAUCAUUUAAAGAGUUUUUCCGAAAAUUACCAGUGGUCAUAUGUCAACUUUUAUUGUGCAAUUUAGCCUAACAAGGGUGUAAACCGCAAGUAUCGACCACAAAUAUGGCGGACCAAUUCUUUAUAUUAGAGUUAUCCCCCUUAGAAUAUACAGGAAUUGAAUGAAGUGGAACACAAUGUUGAGACUGACUUAAGUUUUUCAUCACUGACAUUAACUGUGACUUAGAUGUUAUUGAAGAAUGGAACAAGCUGCACGAUUGUCGCCUUCAAAACUCGUGUUGACGUCCGUACUGGAACCUAAGGAUGAAUUGAAUGAGAAAUUAGAGAGGUUUUACAAUACUGUAACUGGAAUACAAAGCAGUCUGUCAGAGAGGGAAGCAAACGAUGCUCUGAACUCUUUCGCCUGUCGUGGAACCCAACAACAUGAAGAGAUCCAAUUGGGAUUACUCUAUGGAAUCCUCACCGAUCCCAAAAUGGCACCAAAGCAUUACAGAGACCUGACCCUGGUUAGUCGAGAUGGUCUCACCAUUGUCCUAACCAAAACAAAUCAAAUCAUAUUUGAGAAAUGGCUGAAGUUAUUGGACAGCACCAGAGCACAGAUUGUAUGGCUAUGCAAGGAACUGAUUCAAAAUGGAAUUCUUGGAUCUGAUAGUGUUUGUCACAGCCUUAUAAGGCAAAUAGCAGGUGGUGAUAUCUCGCCAAAAAAUAUUUGGCUUACAGAGGUCAUGGUCGACAUUUUCACAGAAAACAGGACCUGGUUGGAUAAGUUUCCGAACCUCCUGUCUACGGUAGUGUACACCUACCUGAGGGUGAUCGUGGAUCACAACGGACAGGUGUUUGUCAAUCUACGACAGAAGGAGGUGGAGCUCUGUAUCUCUAUUCUAAGAGAGAAGUGGACAGACUGCCAAGCGGUAGGAAGAGACUUGGUCCGUCUUUUACAAAACGUGGCCAGAAUCCCAGAGUUUGAAAAACUGUGGCGGGACAUGAUGUUAAACCCCUCUGCCAUCUGUCCCUCUUUUACUGGAGUUCAACAGCUGAUGCACACUCGAACCUCUAGAAAGUUUCUCAUCAGUCGGCUCACUCCAGACAUGGAAAACAAAUUAGUUUUUUUAAUAACAAAGGUGAAGUUUGGUCAGCACAAAAAGUACCAAGACUGGUUUCAAAGACAGUACCUGGCCACACCAGAGAGUCAGUCGUUACGCUGUGACUUAAUUCGUUAUAUCUGUGCCGUCUUUCAUCCUCCUAACGAGCUUCUGUGUUCUGAGAUCAUCCCUCGCUGGGCGGUGAUUGGCUGGCUCCUGACCACGUGUACGUCCAAUGUAGCAGCAUCCAAUGCCAAAUUAGCUCUUUUCUAUGAUUGGUUGUUUUUUGACCCAGAAAGGGACAGUAUAAUGAACAUAGAACCAGCAAUAUUAGUUAUGUUUCAUUCAAUUCGUCCACAUCCAGCAAUCACAGCUACGCUAUUAGAUUUCCUUUGCCGGAUCAUGCCAAACUUUUGUCUGCCUUUACGUGAACAAGUCCAACAGGGGGUGUAUACGUCCCUGAGGGUUAUCUUGGAGAAGAGAGUGCUACAAUCUUUAUCCCCAUUAUUUGACAACAGCAAACUUGAUCAAGAAUUAAGAAUCCUCAUUCGGGAGAAUUUUAAUGAAUUCUGCUCACAAGAAGUAGUGAAAGAAGAUUCCAUGAACAAUAAAGAUGUGAUAGAAAUAGACAAUGGACACCAUGUUGAAAAUAAUCUGUCAGACGCAGCUUUUAGUGAUGAAGAGGAUGAUAUGGUAGAAAAGCUGCCAUCUGACUGCACCUUCCAACCAAUCAGAGAUACGCGGUACGAACCCGUGGAUUUAGAAGAAUACCUACAACAGCUGGGAGGAGAUAUAUACGAGUACACAGUUCAACUCAGAGACGAAAAAGAUCAAGAGAUUCAGUGUGAGGUCAUGGACCGACUUCUACAGACAAUUCUAAGAGAGGACGAGUGUGACCUAGAUAUGACAGGUGCCCCUCUCGCCGCCUGUAUCUGUCAGAUCCUCGCCUCCCAACUCAGCAGUAAUCUCUUCCCGAAGGAGCAAGAUGAGGAGUCUUUAGAAGACUCCAUAGGAUCACCCCUCUUUGUCAUGUUUAGGUUUCUGACAACAAUGCCGGAGGAGGACCCCAACAGACAGCCGAUCCUGCAGCUGAUGGGUGAGAUGUACAACCGCCAGGCCCGGAUAGGCUACUAUCUCCUCUACUUCAUCAAAGUCGGGAAAGUUAAUGAUGAGAAAAUGAACACGUACAAAGAUUUUUGUAAAAGUUUAGACAACAAGGAUCUGCCCUCCUGUUUGAUGAGAGACUUAAAGCUUUGUCAAGAGGAUGAUGUGAGGCUGUUUAUCUUCCUUAUGCCAGAUAUUUACACAAUUUUUCCAAACAUAGCAAUAGGAAAUGUAGAGUUGCUUCACAUGAUAGUGUCAGCCAUCGAUGGAACACAGCUCCAGGAGUUGAUCUGUCAGAUCCUACAGGGACACCUGGUCAUGUUCAGAAAGGACUCCUUCCUCUCCAUCCUGAACGGGAGCCUGGAGUGGGAGACGUUGGAGCAGUACUUCCUGUGGCAGCUCAUCUCCGCCCACAACAUCCCCGUUGAUUACAUAAUGCCCGUCCUCCCAAAACUCGACUACACAGCUCAUGCCGAGGCUUUAUCCAGCAUACUGGUGCUGCUCAAACAGGAAGGACCCUCAUCGGACUUGAUUCGGCCUAUCCUGUGUAGAGAUUACAAGAAGACGGACUUCUUUGCUGUAUCCAUCCUCAAGUACUGGGCUCAGGAAUACGAAGACAAACUGGCCGAGAUUAUCCUGGCUCAAGUCUCCAAGAUGAACGGGACGCCAAAGAAACGACAGAGGGUGGGAAAUGCAAGUUCAAAGAAGGAUGGGAUCAGCAUUGAACAAAUAUUGUCACAUCUGGACCACAUGAGACAAGUCUGCAAGAACAUUUCCUUUUUGAACAAUGAAAACAUACAGCAUGCUCUGCAACAGGUGCAUCAAAUGUCCAAUGAAACUCUGAAAACAAAAUUCAGCGACCUUCUAGCUCUAGCAGACGACAUUGAGGCGGACUUUAAAUCAGUGCGAGUUUUACGUGGAGUACCAGCCAGAAAGGCUGCUAAUGCUAGUGCUGCGAUGGGGCUAGACAACAGAAACUCUCGCAAAACCACCAAAAAGGUUGUCCAGGAGACGAGUGGAUCCUCAGAUAGCAGCGAUGAUGAAGAAAUCAAACCAAGACCCAAGAAAAGGAAGAAAGCUUUACCUGUGGAGGAGGAUAGUGAUUAAUCAACCAACGUCUGGACCGCCCUGUCAGGGGCCUCUGUUACAGAGAUCUUGCCCUGUGGCGGGGCCUCUUAUAGAGACAGAUCUAGCCCUGUGGGGGCCACUGAGAGAGACAAUUCUAGCCUUGUGGUGGGCCUCUGAGAGAGACAGAAGGCCAAUACCUACAGUUUCUGUAUGGGGACAAUCUCAGACAGCAGUGGUUUUAUUGUGAAGUCUUUCAUUUUAUUGGGAAGUGAGCAACAUUUUACCUGAGGUAAGGAAGGGGAAUCUCAUUCUCCUGAUAAUGUGCUUUUCAAGGACAGCCAUGGACCUGGAGACGUGUGGGGAGUGCUGUACAACAAGGUGUUCUGUGUCGAAUCAUUCAUCAGUGUCCCACUGUUACACAGGAUGUUAACCUGUGGAUGUUAGCAUCAAGGUACUUGACCAUAGAGCAGAGGUGCCGAGGGGUCUGUGUUACAAACAGAACAUUAGUGAUAAUGGCUAGUGUCUGCGACUUUUACAUGGGUGUCCUUCAGUGUCUGGUGUCUGAUUCUGAGAAAAAAAUGACACAGUGUAAGGUACAUGCCCCCUAAUUCUGAGUGUGACAGACUAAGCCAGGAACCUUAACUGGAUUUCUACAGACAACACAUGUUACAGCAUAUGUUGGGCACACCCCUUUAUUCUAUAUGUAACUUGAAGUCUGACACAGUGCUAUUUGAAUUGGUUGAUGUCUAUAAACAGCACAUGUUACAACAUGUGUGACGGACACAACCCCUGAGUGUGACUGAAGCAGUUCAAGGUGGCUCAACUGGAUGUCUUCAGGCAGUACGAGUUACAGCCCGCCUGGAUCUCACAUAGGCAGCACAGUGUAUCCGGAACAAUCCAUUUUAUAUCUCGUUUGACGAGAUUUCCAGUUUUUUAUAGCAGAAGUCUGUGUUCUACACAAUAAGAAUGUGAUGAAACCAUCCGUCUUUGAAUCAUUAAACCUGAUGUUUACUUUGUUUUUUGAUACAUGUAUUUCAGAUUAAAAUGAAUGAAAUCUGA